GUUGAAAUAUGGAUUUUCCCUUAGAUUAUGCACUUGAGAGCUCUUAACCUACUCUCCUAUCCAGCUAUCCUAUGUGUAAAUAUAUUCACAAAACAAUGAAAACCAAUGUCCGACAUUAUCGAUAUAUCUUGGUCUUUUUGUCCCUAGCAAUGCAAAAUAUAACAUGUAUUUGCAUUUGAGCGGCGGGUUGGAAAUUAGAAUUCUAUUUCAUUAUGAAGGGAAGAUUAUUCCAUCUUGAGCGCAUUCACAUGAAGUGAAGUGAAGUGAAAUACAAGUAGGUUGUUAUUGAGUGGGGUGGGGUAGUCCCCAAGGCUUCAUCCUUCAUGUUGACAAGAUCUGUUUCCAUGUGCUCUUGAUUAGUUUAUGGCUCCCAGAGUCUUUAUUACAAUAUUCACAAAUAUCUUGCCUUCUCUCUCCCCAUUUUUCAUAACAGGGACAAUCCCUUCCAUGAUUUUGUCUUCAGAUCAAGGGUGAAGCUCUGCACCCAAAAUAUUAAACAAACCCAACCCCCGUCGUCCAUUUAAACUAACUCCCAAGUGGGGUUUGUUUAGUUUUAGUGAAAAAUGCUGAUCCUACACUUGAAGCUUUGCUGAUUGGUACUUCUUCCCCACCCCCUCCCCUGUUCCACUUUCUUGGGAUUCUGCUCUGUUCCCAAUGACUUCCCAAGAAACUUCUUUGGGCUUUUGAGCUUUUGGUUCUCCCUUUUUAAUCUCUCUACGACAUGUGGGGUUCCAUUUGUUUCCUCUCUUCAAGGAAAUGCAGAGCAGCUGUAUGUUAGUUUCGAUCUUUGGGCGUGGUUUUGCUAUGGUAUCUGCAGAACGUACUUCAGAGCAUGUUUUUCUAUGCUUCUCUGUUUCCUGUCAGCUUAUCCAUCUACUGUGUAAUUGGGCAUUUCAGUGCUUUCCUUGCUAAAUGGGUGAUGGGUAUUGGUGUUUCUUUUUGUUUUUUUUUUAGGUAGACUAAAUAGAUGUUGAACCGUUUCCUGUUCUAGAAAUAUGGAAUCUGGAAAUAGGUUCUACUCUGUUGAUGAGUUUCACUUAGACCCCAAAUGGCUGAUUGAUCCAAAGCAUCUUUUUGUUGGGCCAAGAAUUGGAGAAGGCGCUCAUGCCAAAGUAUAUGAAGGAAAAUAUAAAAAUCAGAAUGUCGCCAUCAAAAUUGUUCAUAGAGGAGAAACUCCAGAGGAGAUCACCAAGAGAGAAGCACGAUUCGCAAGAGAGGUCUCAAUGCUUUCAAGAGUUCAGCAUAAAAACCUGGCAAAGUUUAUUGGUGUCUGCAAGGAGCCUGUAAUGGUGAUAGUCACCGAGCUUUUAUUGGGAGGGACGUUGCGUAAAUAUUUGCUAAACAUGCGACCAAGAUGCUUGGAUGCUCGAAUUGCAGUUGGUUUUGCUCUUGAUAUUGCUCGAGCAAUGGAAUGCCUGCACUCUCAUGGGAUCAUACAUCGUGAUCUGAAACCUGAGAACUUAAUCUUGACUGCAGACCACAAAACAGUUAAACUGGUGGAUUUUGGUUUAGCAAGGGAAGAGUCACUGACAGAGAUGAUGACUGCUGAAACAGGGACUUACCGUUGGAUGGCUCCAGAGUUGUACAGUACUGUGACAUUAAGGCAUGGAGAGAAGAAGCACUACAACAACAAAGUGGAUGCUUAUAGCUUUGCCAUUGUCUUGUGGGAGCUUUUACAUAACAAGUUGCCGUUUGAAGGCAUGUCUAAUUUACAGGCAGCAUAUGCAGCUGCUUUUAAGAAUGUGAGGCCCAGUGCUGAAAACCUCCCAGAGGAGUUGGCUAUAAUACUAACUUCAUGUUGGAAGGAGGAUCCUAACGCCAGACCGAACUUCAGCCAGAUAGUCCAGAUGCUCCUCCAUUAUCUUUCUACCAUUUCACCUCCAGAACCUGCAAUCCCUUCUCGGGUUUUCGCAUCAGAAAACACCAUCUUGCCACCUGAAUCUCCAGGCACAAGCUCUUUGAUGGCAGUACGUGAUGACUCAGGGGAAACCCCCAAAGUGAAGAUGGAGAACAAACCAAAAGGCUUCUUCUUUUGCUUUAACCAGUGCUAUUAACUCCAAAGUUAGAGAAGAUUGGGAAAUUUUAUAAUUCUUAGGGGUCAAAGGGUGUUCCAAUGGAAGUUUAGUGAACAGUAAGCUCUAAUCCAAAAGUACAUUUGGAUGAGGUGAUAAAUGUUUAAAUUGACCAUUUUCUUUCUUUGAAAUUCAGUUCAGCCAUCGGAUGGAAAUGCUGCCUGGUGCUGCUGCUCAAUUUACUCAAAACUUUAGUUCUGAUAACAUACCUUUAAUAUAUAAAAACUUCUAGUUAGAGUUGAAUGUGCUGUGAAGCUUGACUGUAACUUGUAAGGCAUCCAACUCAAAGUUCUUUGUAAGGGAGCAAAUGGAAAUGGGAAAAAAAAAAAUGGGAAGGGCAAUCCAAGCCUGAUGCUA